GCGGACGGCGGCACCAUGAUGGCGCAGCGGGCGCUGCCUAACCCCUACGCGGACUACGACAAGUCCUUGGCCACCGGCUACUUCGAUGUCGCCGGGAGGCUGACCCCCGAAUUCACGCAGCGGCUGAAUAACAAAAUCAGGGAGCUGCUGCAGCAGAUGGAGAGGGGCCUGAAGUCUGCUGACCCUCAGGACUGCACCACGUACACGGGUUGGGCAGGCAUUGCUUUGCUGUAUUUGCACCUGCAUGAUGUGUAUGGAGACCCCUCCUACCUUCAGGUGGCCCAUGAGUACGUCAAGAAGAGCCUGAGCUGCCUGACAAGACGAUCCAUCACCUUCCUGUGUGGAGAUGCUGGGCCCCUGGCAGUGGCUGCUGUUGUCUACCACAAGCUGCAGAGCCACAAGCAGGCAGAGGACUGCAUCACACGCUUGCUCCACCUGCACAAGCUGGACCCUCGGGUGCCGGACGAGCUGCUGUACGGGCGCGUGGGCUACCUCUACGCUCUGACCUUUGUCAACAGGCACUUUGGAGAGGAGAAGAUCCCUCAGAGUCACAUUCAGCAGGUCUGUGAAGCAGUUGUGGCCUCAGGAGAGAGCUUGGCCAAAAGGAGGAACUUCACAGGGAAGAGCCCUCUGAUGUAUGAGUGGUACCAGGAGUACUAUGUAGGGGCAGCCCAUGGCUUGGCUGGGAUUUACUACUACCUGAUGCAGCCUGGCCUUGGGGUGAGCCAAGUGAAGCUGCACAGCACAGUCAAAGCCAGCGUGGACUACGUCUGCAGCCUCAAGUUCCCCUCCGGCAACUUCCCUCCCUGCCUUGGCGACACCAGGGACCUGCUCGUCCACUGGUGCCAUGGGGCACCUGGGGUUGUCUACAUGCUUGUCCAGGCCUACAAGGUCUUUGGGGAGCCACAGUACCUGAAUGAUGCCCUGCAGUGUGCAGAAGUCAUCUGGCAGUAUGGCUUACUGAAGAAAGGCUAUGGGCUGUGCCAUGGGACAGCAGGCAAUGCUUAUGGCUUCCUAGUGCUCUACAACCUCACUCAGAACAUGAAAUACCUCUACAGGGCCUGCAAGUUUGCAGAGUGGUGUUUGAGCUACGGCCAGCACGGGUGCCGGACUCCAGACACUCCCUUCUCUCUCUUUGAAGGAAUGGCUGGAACAAUUUACUUCCUUGCUGACCUGCUGGUACCAACCAAGGCAAAGUUCCCUGCUUUUGAACUCUGAGUCUGGCAGUUUCCUGCCCUUUUCCUUCCAGGCUUUGGAAAAGAGCUUCAGAGCUGCUUUCUCCUUCUUCCAACCCUCUUUGUUGUUCACCUAACUGAACAUAAACCCAACCCCCCCCUGCCCCCCACCAGGGCAUGCUGAGUUCUCUUAACAUUUCUAGGCCUCUCAUUGCAUCCUUUCAGCUCACAAGACAGCAUGCAGGUGUUGCUGGUGUCCCUUUAACACAGGGCUGCAGGUGGGGGCAAGGAGGAAGGGUACAGUGUUUUGGUGGUGGCUGUGGAAUGUUGCUGUUUUCUGUGCCCCAUUUGCUGGCAGAGAGUUUUCCACUGAGCCAUUUAAUCUUGCUGCUGUUUGUUUGGGUUUGUGUGCUGGCAAAACAGUGGCAGGAAUGUCACAGGGUCACACAAGCUGUUAGGGGUUGGAAGGGACCUCCAGAGAUCAUCCAGUCCCACCCUCCUGCCAGAGCAGGAGCAGAGAAUCCAGCACAGGUCACACACAGGCAGGGCUGGAAAGGCUCCAGAGAAGGAGACUCCACAACCUCUCUGGACAGCCUCUUCCAGUGCUCUGGGACCCUCACAGUGAAGUAGUUCCUCCUCAUGUUGAGGGGGGAGCUCCUGUGCUGUAGUCUAUGUCCACUGCCCCUUGUCCUGUCCCAGGGUGCAACAGAGACAAGCCUCAAUUUAGAUGUCUUUGGUUAAACAACAGAU